UGAGGGUUGCCAUGUGAGCUAUUGCGGGCUUUCGUUUUUCGACUGUGGUAGUCGUUUCGAAUUACUACUGGAGAUCAUGGCAUCUGCGAAACAGGAUAUUGCUACGUAUAAUGUAACUCAUUUAUUACGUCAGUGGGAUUGUUCAUCUGAAGAAAAACGUCGUCAGCUUCUUGACGAUUUCAUUAAACAAUACUAUGAUUGUACUGGACCCGAUUUAGAAUCAGAAUUCGCCCAAAUGGCUAGUUUAUUUUUGGCUAGAAUAUGCGUAUGGAUAAAAUUAACUUACAUGUCAGGAACUUGUCUAACAGAACAGCUUCAAGCUCUUCAUAUAUUUUUAUCAGCUUCAAACAGGUAAACUAAUGUAAAACUGCCUUUCUAUCAAUAGAAAGAUUUGGAUUUACAAGUUUAUCAUAAUUUAUUCUAUCUUAGUUCCGAUUUUGUAUCCUUAAAACUGAUCUAAUUUAAAAGAAUUUGUAGCUGAUAUAAAGGAAGUUUAAGAAACUGGGGAAUGAACAAAGUAGGAUUUCCGUACUCUGGCCAGUAUCCUGGUAACUAUUAUGAUUAUUGAUAAAUUCUUCAAAGUUGUUAACCAAUCAGAUCAUCGGUCCGUCACUAUAUACAUACUUUAUUUGUGUAGUUUUGUACUCAUGGUAGUCAUGCUCCUGUAAAUAGAAACUUUAUUUCUAAUAGUCUAUGUAAGACUUUUGUUAUAAGGUUUUUUGGAAUACUGUACAACUAGUUAUAGUACCUUAUCAGUUCACGUUCUAACAUUUAGAGCACAACUAAGAUCGAAUGUAUCGGUAUUAUGGGUGUUAUUGUAUGGUUAGAUUACUCAGUUUCCCCAAUUAUUCCAAUGGUUUUUCAAUCUUAAGCCAGUAAUUCUACAACUGGCUAUCACAUGAGUUCAUCCUUAGGUUAAUUUAGGCUCACACGACGUUAGACAAUUUCUUUAUUGACUAAUUGGUUAGUUUCAUCUAAAAAUGGUAUCGUUUUGUGUCCAAAAAGUUUAUUAGUUUUCGACUUAUUAAGUAGUGUGAUGCGGACAAAUGAAGGUCAAUCUUUCUUAUUCUAUUGGUUGGGGACUAUAUUUCGACAGCCUAAUCGCGUUUCGUGUAUCAGAUUUUAUCUUUCCUGUGUUUGAUACUAAUUGUCGGUUGUCAAAGUAAAUUGGUUGGUAGAGUUAGUGAGUUGGUAUACUUGGCUUUCAUUACCAUUUCGUAAUAGAUCUGUUACAAACAUAAUCCAAUUUUAUUUUCAGACGGAUGCGACAAUUUUGUUAUUGUAUCUCGAUCCCAGACCACCAGAUUCCCCACGUUUCUUUAUAGUUUGUGCGUGUAAUUCUAGUUAUAUCAGUGUAUUGGGAUUUGUGACUGCAUUUUAUGUCGUUUUUCUCAUAACAUGUGCCCAGAUAGUGAAGUCUAUAGUUGCAGAUAUAGGUAUUAUUGCUUGUUUAUAUGAAAGUUAACAUCUACCUCGUCAUAUGUACAAAAUGCAUAUAAAUACGUCGUUUAAAAAGAAGAAUAUAUUUGUAAAAUCUCAGCGAAUGAAUUUUAAGUAAAUCCAACGUUUCGCCUGGCAAUCUGGUCCAAGCUUUUUCAAGGAAAAUAUAAUCAAACAACAAAAUUAGCGAAACGUUGGAUUUACUUAAAAUUCAUUCGCUGAGAUUUUACAAAUAUAUUCUUCUUUUUAAUGUCUCAAAUUAACUCGGCGCCCAAAUAUUGUGAAACUAUUCGUUCAAAUUUAGACGAAAGUUCUUAUUUAAAUACGUCGUUUGUUAGAACCUGGCAAAUUUUAAAAUUGACUGAUUAGGUAUUUAUACUCCCUCUCUAAGAGGUACCUUUAUUUAUUAAAUUUACUGUCUGAUACGUAGGAAAAGUGCGAGGCGUUAUAGAAUAGCAGUACACGAUUGAGGAAAGGAGUAGUGGUCUGAACAUGAGUUUAUAAGCACAAAUCAAGCGAUGGAUAAAAUAAAAAGCCUGUACCAGCUCAACGAAACAAUGUUUUAUACAAACAAUUGUAUAAAUAUUCAGUGAUCAUGGAAAAUAAAUUAAACUAUCAGUCAGUCAGCUACAAUGUAGAACCAGACACAUAUAUGUAUCGGUACAAGUUGGCAUACCUCAUUAGCACAGCAAGAUGAACGCCGAAUUCAUAGUGGUUAAUUCAAUGGUGAUAAUAUAUGAAUGAAAGACUGCAUAUAAGGAUAUAGUACAGGAAGGAAGAAUUAGUUUAUAAAAAGAAAGAUAUAAAGCGAUUUUAGUCUCAUAGUUUAAGGGAAGACAGAGAUUGUAUAGACCUACGCCAUUGUGAUCGAUUCUGAGCCUAUAAUAUACUAAAAGUACAAAUUGUUAGGAAUUAUCAAUGGAAAUGGAAAAGAAGUAAAUCUACGCGGUUUGUGUAAUUUACUUAUUUUAUUCGUAUUUAAACUCCUGGUUCUACGGUAAUCCAGUUUAUUGGUUUAAUAUAAGCUUGUGGACCCAAAUGGCUCUAUAGGAUUCAGUGCCUAUAUUUGACGUAAUAACUACUUUAUAAGGUACAAAUCCAUGUACUUGUCUUUGAACCAAGGGUUACUGGUACUCUCUGACUGUCCAGAUUGUAAUAGGUGUAAUAGGGUUCAAACCCAUUACUUGAAGGCUGAAGAUCCGACUCCUCAACUAAUGAAUCACUUCUUUAGUGUGCUUACUUAAAUUAAUACUAUGGCUUAACUUGGUUAAUUUUAGAUUUCUUUCACUCCAAUUCUUCACCAACCAGCGUCGAUCAUAGGACUAGAUGUUGACUUAAAAUUUAGAGUGCAUUUUCAGCCAUUUCAGUUAAUGUAAGUCCUCAUUUUCACAGACUGACUUUCCUUCCUUUUUUUAAUACUCUGCACACUACCUAGACAGUAUUCAUUUGUUGUUAAAAGAAAUGGUUCAUAUAUUGUCAGCUACAACGAGUUGUUACAAGUAUUAGCUUUAAGACGUCUAGGUUGACAAUGACCAGUAGGCUUACUUAACAAAAAACACGACUUUAAAAUAUCAACCAAGAGUUCUAUAUGGAUAGAUAGUUGGUUAGUUAAUUUGCAAUUCUUGUUAUAUAUUUCAACAUUUUAGGAAGGCUAAUCUAAACAAUCACAGAAAAUUUGUUCAGUUUGGGAUAGCUUUAACUUUAGAGGUUUAUGCAGAAGGACAACAGUUUUAUUUAAUUUCUACGGACUGAUAUUGCAAGUUAUGCGUAAUAGUACUAAAUUUUCGAAUCGAUCCUCCCUUGAUAAUCUUUAUUAGUGUGCAGUAAGCAAUUUGAAUGUAAUCCAUGUUUACAGUUAGUGUUAUAUCUCACUGAGUCUUUUAGCUCAACAUGUCGAUUAUCAAUAAUCUUUACAUUUCUACAUCUUUUAGAAUAAAUUUUGGACUGCCGUUAUCUAAGUAAAAUUUAUACCACCAAAGAGUGUUUUAUUAACUCAGUCACAGUUUGCGAUAUCUCAACACUACACACUUUCCCUGAUAAUAUCCAGUUCUGGAUUAGGUUUGGCGAAAAAAUGUAUAUUUCUUACGCUCUUCAUCGCUUACACUUUGUUUAUAAUAUCUAGAAGUUUUAGUCUACAUACUCUGUAAAAAAAUCUACUAUAAGCUAGUUUGUUCAUCCAAUUAAUGACGUUUCAUAUGUAUAUCUAUUCACAAAUCACAUAAAUCCCCUCAACUCAAAGGAAACAAUCAAUUUGUAUUUUAUCCUUUGUGUUCUUGAUAUUUUCCCUUUCUACCUACCCACCCAUCAACCUUCUUCGCUAAAAGCUAUAAUUAUUUACUAGAGUUUUUGGAGCAUGGUGGUGUAUUGUGUUUACAGGAAGUAUGCAUUUCAUCGAGUGCAAAAGAAGUGGAUAAACGUUGGGCGCUUAAAGUAUUAUCUUGCGUUGCCAAUGGUGGUACACAUUAUAAGGAGACAAUUUGUGAAUGUUAUGGUAUUCGUGCUGUUGCUGAAUGUAUGGCCAAGUCAAUGUCAGAGGAAACACAAGAGUCUGCUAGAGAUUUAUUAGAAAUAUUAGCUGAAGGCAAUCCUCGUUUCUCUGAUCAAGUUUACAAAGGAUUAAUUGGCGUUUUACCAUGUAAUUCACCAAAAGCUCAACAAUUAGCACUUCAAAGUAUACGAAUUUUACAGGCAAAGCGUAAUACUGCCAAUAGGGCCUUAAUCGACAGAAUAAUCUACUUACUGGAGUCAUUGCAUUUGGAAGUCCAAUCAGCAGUUAUUGAAUUACUUCGUGUUCUGAUGGGAUUCGAUAUUGCUGAUGAUAUAUUAAUGGCUUUAAUUACCUUGUUAAAACCUCAGCAUGAAAUACAGCUGGGCAAAUUAUUCACUGAAGCAACAUCAGAUGAUAACGAUGAUGAAAUAAGUUCAUAUCAUAUGGACAGUAAUGAGGAAAGUUAUCCUUCUCAUCCUAUCCCGUUAGUUAGUCGUAAUAUUAGUGGCAUACCAGAAAUGAAACCUUUAUCUAUGAGCAAUACAAAGUCAACUAAAUUAAAUGUCAAAUACCCUAGCACUUGUGCUAACGGUAACAGCGGUAAAACAGAAAAAACGAUGAAAAAGAAUCAUAGACAUCAAAAUCAAGGGUCAGAUUCAGAAUUCGAUGGUAAUGAACCAUUAUCGGUGUUCGUUCAACAAGCAGCUGCAGCUAAAUGUCUACGCAUUCUCUCGCAAGAUUCUUCAACAGUAUCAAGAAAGAUAAUCAAGAUGGGCGCUUUAUCAAAUCUUUUAUAUGCUAUGGGUAAUCUUGAAUUUUCAGAUAGUCAACGACAAGCUAGUUUAGCUUUAGAGUAUCUUUGCCGAACGUAUCCUUUAGUAGAUGAAGUUGUUUCUGAGGCAAUGGGUCCAGUUUUACAUGAGGAAUUCAUUAAAAGUCCUGAUUCACACUAUCUACAAAUGACUCCAUUACAAGCAGAUAUUUUAGUUUCGAAUAAAGUGAAUUAUACAGGAGAGGGAUUAUGAAUUUAUCAAAUAAUCAAUUAUUAUUAUAUGAUGAAUCAAAGAAUUUUUCAAUUAUAUAAAAUCAAAUGGAUUUACAAUUACUCUAUCUCUCGUCAUUCAUCUCUAUCUCUGGAAGGUUCUGCAGUCCAUAUCGAAUUAUCAUCAAAAUGGAUAGAAUCAUUUAUUUAUUUAUAUUUUCAACAUGUGUGUUAAUUACAAUCCGAUUUUUUAUUUCCUUGUUUAGACAUAUCUGUACAAAAAACACCAGUGGAUAUUAUUGUUGUCAUAAUAUACAUGUACAUAUAUACAUUUGUUUGUCAAUAAAUUGACUGUAGUAAAAAAAAAUCGUUUUCUAUUUUUUCACUUUGUUUGUAUUUAUAUAUUGUUGAUUUGGCCAUUUUUCUGUUUGCUUACAUUACUCUAUUUUAUGUGUGUAUAUAUUUGUAAUUUAGUUUCCAUGUUCGCAUGUAUGUACACGGAUUGCUUCAAUCAAGUUUAAAUGUCAUUUUGUCAUAAUCAAUAUUAUGGUAUAUAUCUCUGUUUUAAUAUGUGAACUAUUGUAAAUUACACUUAUAAGAUAUGGUGUUUAAGACUAUAAAAACAUUAUAGUUUUACAAUUUAACAUGACAUUUUCUCACUGUAUAACUUUCUUCACUUGAUAUAAGCGAGAUGAUUUCGUCAACAUAACGUGGUGCAGUUGGAUCAACUUCUUGUCAAGAGUGGAACGACAUCAAGUGUAUUUUAGGGUGUCUGAAUAUAUCAAUAAUGUAGAGGCACAUAUAGUGAUGUUUUACCUAAUAGUUAGUCAAAAUGAUCGUUAUUUAUUUUUAGUGUACUCUUUGAAUCACUUCACCCUGUAUAGUGAAACUGCGUGAAUAUAUAUAUGAAACAUGAGAUCAUUUCUAUAUUUCUCAUAACAUAGGUAUAUCAAAAUUGUUUUUGUCAAUCUUAGUGUAGAAAGCAUAAUAUUUGUGUUUUAUUUAUACGAAAUGAUUCAAUUCACAACUUGAUGACUAACCAUGUAUAAAGUAUUUUGUUUUAUGCUUUAAGCGGUUGUUUUGCCCGUUAAUAACUUCAGCUUGUCUGUUUAAAUCAAAGUAAUUGAUGUAGUGUACCUGGCAUAUGUAUUGAAAACAAAGAUUUAUGGUUUCAUAGAAAAUGAAUUAAAACAUAAUUCUUAGAGAUAUGUUGCAAUCUAGUUUGUUUUUAUGUUUGGCUUAGGGAAGUUGCGGUUCAUAUCUUUAUAUAAAUAUCAAUAGGUAAACUUAUUCAUGACAUUAAAAGUGAGCGUAGUAAGUUCAGAACAAAGUUCGACCCUAUAAGUUCAUUUCAUUCAUUAAAUUUUGUUUCUUGUAUUCUUUUCUAAUUUACAAUUGAGAUGUUCUAACCGAAAGAAAAUUUAAUCUCACCAAUUCUCAUUUGAAUCACAUAUUUCAUGAUGGAAUUAAUACUGUUUACUGUAUAAAUAUCAAUAUUAGUACUUAAAUUUAGUUAUGAAACUGCUGAGUAGUUUAAAGAUAAAUUGAUAAUGGUCUCAUCGAAAUCAGUACGUGUACUAGCGUUUGCAUUCAAAAUUGUUUAUACACUAUCGGUUUGGGUUAUUUACCAACAGACUGAGGGAGUCCUUUUCUCAUUACCUUUUAUUGUAGUUAAAGUGUUGAUUCUGUUUUAUCCACUAGUAUUGUGAAUCUAAUUCAUGGUUAUAUAUUUACAAUCGAUAGUUAGCUAUCUGUUCUAGGUUGAAUGAUCUGAUACUUUUAUUAUCGUUGUUGAAAUCAUUGAAAUGUGAGUAAAUAGUUAUUUGAUUUAUUUCACUGCUACGGUGGCAUUUUAAACUCUGGUUUCGUUUUCUUCAAUCAUUCUUUUUUUCAAAAUUUGUUAUCCUCUCUUUCCCUCUAGUUCUCUUGACUUGCGC